CCGGACGACGAAGCAUCUCUCUCUCCGACACGGCAAAGCACGAUUCAGACCAGAAGUGAAGCUUCGAAAGAUUUCAUUGUAAUGGGAGUUGUGUUUAUUUCAACUUCAGCUGCAAGAUCACCUCUGGGGCUAAGCACUGAUCUUCUGACACAACGGUCUUCACUGAAAAAGCCAUCCAUUGUUGCUUUCAAAGCAGAUGAUUCCAUUCCCACCAACUCAUCUCUGAUCAUCGUCAAGCAAAAGGAGAAGAGAGUAGUAGCUACGAGGAGAAAGCCCUGUAAAGACACGAAAACACGAAAACCUCUAGAUCAAAACGUGGCUCCUUCCUGUCCCUUAGAUUACAACGAAGCCGCCGCGAGACUAGAAAGCAUUUACAAGCUUAGUCCUCCUCCUGCAACAUCCCUCGAGGAAGAAGAUGGUAUCGAUGGCAGCUCCAAAGUGAGAGCUCCACGGAGGAGGAAGAGGAAAGAGAGUGGAGAAGAGAAGAAAGUAGUUGUGAGGAACAAUGUGAAGAAAGAGAAGCGUCUGACUCUUGAUAAACGGAUCGCGUUGAAGAGAAACGUUCAAGAGAAACCGGUUAGCGCUUCUUCUUCUGCUAGGGAGAAAGUAACGAAGAAGCAGCAAGAGGAGGAGAAGAUCGAGAGGCUAGUGAGAGACUAUUCAGCUUCUAAUGAUAUAGUCAGCUUGGACUGGAAGAAAAUGAAGAUACCUCCUGUUGUUUCAUCCGCUGAACAUACUUGGUUGUUUAAGUUGAUGCAACCUAUGAAGGCUCUCCUUCAAGUGAAAGAUGAAUUGCAAAAGAGCAUGGGAAGAGAGCCGAGAGAAGCUGAAAUAGCUGGAGAGAUCAAUAUGAGUGUGGCUGAAGUGAAAAGGAAAAUUGAAAUUGGUAGGGCUGCAAGGAACAAACUUAUUAAGACCAAUCUCCGCCUUGUAUUGUUUGUUAUGAACAAAUAUUUUCAAGAUUUAACCAACGGACCGAAGUUCCAAGACCUGUGUCAAGCCGGUAUGAGAGGGCUCAUCACAGCCAUUGACCGGUUUGAGCCUAAAAGGAAGCUACGUCUCUCAACUUAUGGCUUGUUUUGGAUCAGACAUGCCGUCAUACGGUCUAUGACAACCUCUAACUUCACUCGUGUCCCUUUUGGACUUGAAUCGGUUAGAGUGGAGAUCUACAAAGCAAAGAUGGAGCUCUUGUUUGAGCUUGGAAGACUACCUACAGAGGAAGAGGUGGUUAAGAGACUCAAGAUCUCACCUGAGAGAUACCGCGAAGUCUUGAGAGCAGCUAAACCGGUUUUCUCACUAAACUCAAAACAUUCGGUUACUCAAGAAGAGUUCAUCAAAGGGAUCACGGAUGUUGAUGGUGUGGGAGCUGAUAACCGGAGACAACUUGCUCUCCUCAGGCUCGCUCUCGACGACGUGCUGGAUUCAUUGAAGCCGAAAGAGAGUCUGGUUAUUAGACAAAGAUACGGUCUCGAUGGGAAAGGAGACAGGACGCUAGGAGAGAUAGCUGGGAAUCUCAACAUCUCUAGAGAAAUGGUGAGGAAACAUGAAGUCAAGGCUUUGAUGAAGCUCAAGCAUCAGGCUCGAGUUGAUUACCUUCGUCAGUACAUCAUCUGAAAACCAAAGCAAACCGAACCAAACCUCCCCACUUAAACCUUUUGAGCGCAUGCUUGGUAUGAUUCAAACAGUCUUAUAACGUUGUUAUAGUUUGUGUAUAUAAUAAUAUCAGAGUUACUUAUAGCUAGGUAAGUAGUAAUCGUUGUAUUAAUAUCAUAUUAUUAUACUGAGCGGAUACGGAGAAGUUAUACAUGUAAAGUUUGAGACCUGGUAUACAAUGUUUUACAAAAAUCGAACCGGUA